GGCUGAUCCUUUAGAUCCUGUCGUAUAUUGGUCUCUUCUGCCAGUAUAUGUUGACAGUCAUGGAUGACAGGCUCUGAUGAUUCUUCAGGUGAAGCCCAGGGAAUACAGAAGCAGUCCUAGGAGCCGACCAUGUGCCUGCAUCGACUUCCUGUCUGGCUCCUCAUCGUGGUCUAUGGGCUCCUGAUGCUCCUCAUCCAGGGCCAAGGCCAGGACUCAGUCAGCCCCAUCCGGACCACCCACACCGGGCAGGUGCGGGGCAGUCUCAUCCAUGUGAAGGGCUUCGAUGCAGGGGUCCACACCUUCCUGGAAAUUCCCUUUGCCAAGCCACCUCUAGGACCACUGCGCUUUGCAGCCCCUGAGCCCCCUGAAGCUUGGAGUGGUGUGAGGGAUGGGACCUCCCACCCGGCCAUGUGUCUGCAAAAUGCAGAUGCAAUGAAUACAGAGGCUCUCGACCUACAGAGUAAAAACUUGGCUCCCAGCCCCAUGUCAGAGGACUGCCUGUACCUCAGCAUCUAUGCGCCUGUGCAUGCCCGUCAGGGAUCUAACCUGCCUGUGAUGGUCUGGAUCCAUGGUGGUGCCUUGGUGACGGGCUCAGCUUCCAUGUGUGAUGGUUCUGUUCUGGCAGCCAUUGAAAAUGUACUGGUGGUCACUAUUCGGUACCGCCUGGGAGUUCUGGGCUUCUUCAGCACUGGAGACGAGCAUGCUACUGGCAACUGGGGUUACCUGGACCAAGUGGCUGCCCUACGCUGAGUCCAACAGAAUAUCGCCCACUUUGGAGGCAACCCUGAUUGGGUCACCAUUUUUGGUGAGUCUGCAGGUGGCGCUAGUGUGUCCUCACAUGUGUUGUCUCCAAUGUCCCAAGGACUCUUCCGUGGUGCCAUCAUGGAGAGUGGGGUAGCCCUGCUGCCUGACCUCAUCACCAGCUCAUCUAAAGAUGUCUCCACAAUGGUGGCCAACCUGUCUGCCUGUGGGCAAGUAGAUUCAGAGGCCCUGGUGAGCUGCCUGCCAGGCAAGAGUGAACAGGAAAUGCUGGCUAUUACCAAGACUUUCACUGUCAUUCCUGCUGUGGUGGAUGGGGCCUUCCUACCAAGGCACCCCCAGGAGCUUCUGGCCUCUGCUGAUUUUCAACCUGUUCCAAGCAUCAUUGGUGUCAACAAUGAUGAGUAUGGCUGGCUCCUUCCCAUGGUCGCGGGCCCCCCUGAAAUCCAAAAAGAAAUAGACAGAGAGACCACAUGAGCUGUUCUACAGAGAACAGUAGCACAGAUGAUGAUGUUACCUGCCGAAUGUGCUGACCUAUUAAUGGAGGAGUACAUGGGAGACAACGAGGACCCCCACACCCUCCAACUCCAGUUCCAGGAGAUGAUGGCAGACUUCUUUUUUGUGAUGCCUGCACUCCAAGUAGCACAUUAUCAGAGUUCCCAUGCUCCUGUCUACUUCUAUGAGUUCCAGCAUCGGCCCAGCAUCUUCAAGAAUAUCAAGCCACCACAUGUGAAGGCUGACCAUGGUGAUGAAAUCAUGUUUGUGCUUGGAUCCUACAUCAAUGGCAUCAGAGGUGAGCUCACUAAGGAGGAGGAGCUGCUGAACAGAAGGAUGAUGAAGUACUGGGCCAACUUUGCUCGAAAUGGGAACCCCAACGGAGAGGGCCUACCCCACUGGCCACUGUUGGACAAGGACCAGCAGUACCUGCAGCUGGACAUCCAGCCUGCUGUGGGCCAGGCCCUGAAGGCACACAGACUGCAGUUCUGGACCAAGACCCUGCCUCAGAAGAUCCAGGAGCUAAAGGGAGCAGUGGACAAGCACAGAGAGUUCUAG